UCCAGGGAGGCAGGGCCAUGGUCACGUUCAUGGCCUCUGACAGCGAGGAAGAAGUGUGUGACGAGAGGACUUCUCUGAUGUCAGCUGAGAGCCCCACGCCACGCAUCCACCAGGAGGGCAGGCAGGGCCCAGAAGAUAGAGAGAAUACCACCCAGUGGAGAAGCCAGGAGAGUGAAGAGGACUGUGAGGAGGACCCUGACUGCUACGUCUCCAGUGGGGUGCCUGGGCGACCCCCAGGCCUGGAGGAAGAGCUGACCCUCAAAUAUGGGGCGAAGCAUGUGAUCAUGCUGUUUGUGCCUGUCACGCUGUGCAUGGUCGUGGUGGUGGCCACCAUCAAGUCCGUGCGCUUCUACACAGAGAAGAAUGGACAGCUUAUCUACACGCCUUUCACCGAGGACACGCCCUCAGUGGGCCAGCGCCUCCUCAACUCCGUGCUCAACACCCUCAUCAUGAUCAGCGUCAUCGUGGUCAUGACCAUCUUCCUGGUUAUGCUGUACAAGUACCGCUGCUACAAGUUUAUCCAUGGCUGGUUGAUCAUGUCCUCCCUGAUGUUGCUGUUCCUCUUCACCUACAUCUACCUUGGGGAAGUGCUCAAGACCUACAAUGUGGCCAUGGACUACCCCACCCUCUUCCUGACCGUCUGGAACUUUGGGGCAGUGGGCAUGGUGUGCAUCCACUGGAAGGGCCCCCUCAUGCUUCAGCAGGCCUACCUCAUCAUGAUCAGCGCGCUCAUGGCCUUGGUGUUCAUCAAGUACCUCCCGGAGUGGUCUGCCUGGGUCAUCUUGGGUGCCAUCUCUGUGUAUGAUCUUGUGGCUGUACUGUGCCCCAAAGGGCCACUGCGGAUGCUGGUGGAGACUGCCCAGGAGAGAAAUGAGCCCAUCUUCCCUGCCCUGAUAUACUCUUCUGCCAUGGUGUGGACGGUGGGCAUGGCCAAGCCAGACCCCUCCUCACAGGGAGCCCUCCAGCUCCCCUAUGAUCCAGAGAUGGAGGAAGACUCCUAUGACAGUUUUGGGGAGCCUUCGUACCCAGAAGUCUUUGAACCCCCCCUGCCUGGCUACCCAGGGGAGGAGCUGGAGGAAGAGGAGGAAAGGGGCGUGAAGCUUGGCCUUGGGGACUUUAUCUUCUAUAGUGUGCUGGUGGGCAAGGCGGCAGCCACGGGCAGCGGGGACUGGAACACCACACUGGCCUGCUUUGUGGCCAUCCUUAUCGGUUUGUGUCUGACCCUCCUGCUGCUGGCUGUAUUCAAGAAAGCACUACCUGCCCUCCCCAUCUCCAUCACCUUCGGCCUCAUCUUUUACUUCUCCACAGACAACCUGGUCCGCCCUUUCAUGGACACCUUGGCCUCCCAUCAGCUCUACAUCUGA